AUGAGCACAAUCCCUGUGGCCAUAAUUACUGGUGCUUCUCGCGGCAUUGGACGUGCAAUUGUGGAAAAAUUCGCAUCGCAAGGCGUAUGCUGCGUCAUGGUCGCAUCAAAAAUGCAAAGUUUCGAGGCUAUUCGGAAAGCAUUACCACCCAUCGUUACGGGGGGCCAGUGGCACCGUGGGAUCGCAAUUGAUCUUAAUGAGUGGCCCAGUUGGGCCGAUGCAGAGAACUUUGAAGGGUUCCACAGGGAAGCGAAUGCGGGUCUCGGGGAACUCCACCAAACACAGAAAGUGUCACUUUUCGAGUAUCCACACAAACUUUACCAGCUGCGGGCGCUUGUAAAUUGUGCAGGUAUAACGCAGACGUCGGUUUCUCUGCGCACAACAGCGGAAGAAACGGCAGCAUUGAUGAAAGUUAACUUUCUGAGUGCCGUGACUAUGUGUAAUAUGGCCGCGCGACGUAUGAUUAGGAGUCGAAAGCACUUCCCCGACGCACAGCCUUGCAUUGUGAACGUUUCGUCAGUGCUUGGCCUGCCCGAUACAACUCCUGCGCCCGGAACGGCCGUUUACAGUGCCUCGAAAGCGGCUCUGGAGCAGUAUUCUCGCGUCUUGGCUGCAGAGCUGCAACCACUGGGCAUUCGUGUCGCUAGCAUCGAGCCGGGGCUUGUGGCGGGCACCGACAUGGUGAAGAAUCUGGAUGAUUCAGCACAGAAACGCCUCGCAAAUAAGUUGCAAAGCCCUGCCAAGGUGACACCAGAGGCUAUUGCUCAGCAAGUAUGGCAAGAGGUGUUCGGGAGCGGUGCAGAACGACGGCGGAUCGCGGGUGGACGAGCAUUGGGUGGGUAA